ACAUACAAUUUUUUUUACAAUUUCUCUGUACAACAAGGAAAUCUCUACACAAACAGAGGUUUUUCUGACCAUUCGUCUUUAUCUCUUCUCCAUGUAAAGAAAUUCAUAUAAAACCCACCAAAGAUUCAACUUUUCCAAUUUUUUUUUUCUUUCUUUUUUUCCCCAGAAAGGUGAGGUUUUUGAAGGAAAUAGAAUAUAAUAAUAAAGACCCAUUAUUGUUAAUCGUCCAAAAUAGCCUGCAGCACAAUUGUUUUGUAUUUAUUUCUUGUUUACCUGAAAAGGGUGGUGUUUGCAGGUCAGAUUUCUUAUAAAAAUCCUUUAUUUUUUGUUUGUAAAGAUUAUUUUUAUGUUUAUCUUGGUGGGUAAUCUUGAAUUUGAGGGAAUAUGCAACAUAACCUUUUUUCAACGAUGCGUAGUUUGAAUAUGAUGGAAGGAUGUAAGGGAACACAAGUGUAUGCCCUUAAUCCGUCUGGAACAACAACCACCAACGGGUUUGGUGGUGGUGGUGGUGGUGGUGGCGGGGGCGGCGGUGGUGUAGGUGAGAAGUUUUUACAGAACUUGUUGUCCAAUUCUGUUAGGUCUAGAUCUGAUCGUAAUUUUCACGCUAUUCAAUCCAAGGAUGAGGUUAAUUUGGCUGUUUUAGCUGAAGCCCUGGCUAAUUAUGGCCUGCCAAAAACUGAUCAACUUGAGCCCCAGAUUGAGUUUGUUCUGAAACCUAUGAAUUUUGUGGAGACAUUAGCUGAUGUUUAUUGUAGGAUGGAGGGUUGUGCUCAGUUUGACAAGUCAAAGAUGUAUCUUGAGCAAUGUGCUAUAUUUAGGGGCUUACCGGAUCCUAAAUUGUUUAGGAAGUGCCUUUUGUCAGCUAGGCUACACGCGGUUGAUGUGCAUACCAAAGUUGUUCUUUCUGCCUGGUUGAGGUUUGAACGAAGGGAGGAUGAGUUGAUUGGUGUAUCGGCAAUGGAUUGUUGUGGGCGAAGUAUGGAAUGCCCUGGCAGUGCUUUGAUAGCGGGGUAUAAUCCUGAAUCAGCUACUGAUCCUUGUAUGUGCCACCGAGGUGAGGAUACUGAAAUUAACAUGGAUGAAGAAUGCUCCACUUCAUCGAGUCAUGGCAAUGAGGAGGAGGAUUUUGAUAUGUCAUUUUGCAUUGGGGAUGAUGAAAUCAGGUGUAGGAGAUUUAACAUAGCAUCACUUUCUAGGCCAUUUGAAGUCCUGCUCUAUGGUAGCUUCAUGGACUCGCGAAGGGAGAAAAUAAAUUUUUCAAAAAAUGGGAUUUCUGCAAAGGGGAUGAAAGCUGCUGAGAUGUUUAGCAGAACAAAAAGUGUGGACUCUUUCAAUCCAGACAUUGUCCUAGAGCUCCUGUCAUUAGCCAACAAGUUCUGUUGUAAUGAGAUGAAGUCUGUUUGUGAUGCGUAUUUAGCAUCUUUGGUCUUUGACAUGGAUAGUGCUAUGUUGCUUUUUGAAUAUGGACUGGAGGAGAAUGCAUAUCUUCUAGUGGCAGCGUGUUUGCAGGUAUUUUUAAGGGAACUUCCAAAUUCAGUGCACAAUCCAAACGUGUCAAGGCUCUUCUGUAGUUCAGAAGGUAAGGACCGAUUAUCUUACGUAGGACAUGCUUCCUUUUUUCUCUACUAUUUUCUGAGCCAAGCAGCUAUGGAGGAUGACCUGAAGUCAAACACAACAGUAAUGCUGUUGGAAAGGAUGGGAGAAUGUGCAAGUGAAGGCUGGCAGAAGCAACUAGCAUUCCACCAAUUAGGUUGUGUGAUGCUUGAAAGAAAAGAGUACAAGGAUGCUCAGAAAUGGUUUGAGUCAGCUGUUGAAGCUGGUCAUGUCUAUUCCUUAGUAGGCAUUGCCAGAUCCAAAUACAAGCGUGGUCACAUGUACAAGGCAUAUAAGUUGAUGGACUCCCUCAUUUCUGAUUAUACACCUUCUGGGUGGAUGUAUCAGGAGCGAUCGAUGUAUUGUCAAGGAAAAGAAAAGACGAUGGAUUUGAGUACAGCUAGUGAACUGGAUCCAACUCUUUCUUAUCCAUACAAGUACAGAGCUGUUUCAAAGGCAGAGGAAAAUAGACUUGGACCAGCUAUUUCUGAGAUCAACAAAAUACUUGGCUUCAAGAUUUCUCCUGACUGCCUUGAGCUCCGUGCUUGGUUUUUAAUUGUCCUGGAGGAAUAUGAAGGAGCUUUAAGGGAUGUUAGGGCACUCUUGACUUUAGAUCCCCAUUACAUGAUGUUCCAUGGGAAGUUGCAAGGUGAACACUUGGUGGAGCUUCUAAGUCAUAAUGUCCAACCGUGCAGUCAGGCUGACUGCUGGAUGCAACUAUAUGACCGAUGGUCCUCCGUAGAUGAUAUUGGUUCUCUUGCUGUUGUCCACCAUAUGUUAGCUAAUGAUCCAGGGAAAAGUCUCUUAAGGUUUAGGCAAUCUCUACUGCUUUUACGAUUAAAUAGCCACAAGGCAGCAAUGCGUAGUUUGAGAGAAGCCAGAAACCAAGCUACCUCUGAGCAUGAAAGGCUAGUCUAUGAAGGAUGGAUAUUAUAUGACACAGGUUAUCGUGAAGAAGCAAUUGCUAAAGCUGAAGAAUCUAUCUUAAUCCAGAGAUCAUUUGAAGCCUUUUUCCUGAAAGCAUAUGUGUUAUCAGAAACAAGUCCUGACUCUGAAUCUUCGUUGUAUGUCAUACAACUGCUUGAAGAAGCUCUUAGGUGCCCUUCAGAUGGUCUUCGGAAAGGCCAGGCUCUCAGUAAUCUGGCAAGUGUCUAUGUAGAUGUUGAUAAUCUAGAUAAUGCAAUUGAUUGCUACACAAAUGCACUGAAUAUUAAGCAUACACGAGCCCAUCAGGGUUUGGCGCGUGUUUACCAUCUAAAAGAUCAGAGAAAAUUAGCUUAUGAUGAGAUGACAAAGUUGAUUGAGAAAGCAAAAUAUAAUGCAUCUGCUUAUGAGAAGCGGUCUGAAUACUGUGAUCGUGAAAUGGCAAAAAGUGAUCUUAGUAUGGCGACAAAAUUAGAUCCCCUACGGACAUACCCAUACAGAUACAAGGCAGCUGUUCUGAUGGAUGACCACAAGGAAGCCGAGGCUAUAGCAGAGCUAGCAAAAGUCAUUUCUUUCAAGCCGGACUUACAACUGCUCCAUCUUCGAGCAGCAUUUCAUGACUCGAUGGGUGACCUCACAUCUGCGAUUCUAGAUUGUGAAGCAGCCCUGUGUCUUGACUCCAGCCAUGCAGAUACACUUGACCUGUAUCAGAAAGUACAGCAACGAGCUAAAGAACAACUACCAACGUGAAGGAGCAAAAGAUGUGUAUUGAGCUUCUUCUUGGUGAUUGUUGUUUGGAAGUGUGUGCCUAAGUUUUUUAUGGCGCACACAGGGCCAAUACAUAAUCAUGUAUGGAGCUCGCUCGAAAUUUUUUAUGUGCACAUUGGCCAUUAUGCAUGCUCAAUAGCAACAAAGAGCAAGAAAUUAGAUAUCAAAUGUACAUAACUUUUUUGGUCCAACCAUAGUGAAAUAUUUGUGAA